AUGACUGCCAUUACAUCCAGGGGUCAGGUAAUGAUGGUCAGAGAAGCAGGCUAUCAUGAACAAGGAUACGAGUGUGACUCUAAGAAAACUACUUUGGUUUGGUCUCAGGAAAUUCAGUUGUCAAGUGAGUAUGAGUAUUGGAUUCAACAGAUUAAAAAAUAUGUUUGGGAUUUUGACAAAGGGGUAUUGAAUCAUCUUAGGCAAGUUAGUACUCUACAGAAAAAUAUUUCAUAUACCAUUAAUGGCAAAAAGCAGUACAGUUCACUUGUACAAGCUUACACCUAGUAAACAAAUCGUAUGUGAAGAACUAAGAUAUUGUUAUGCUGAUGUGAAUGAAUAUUGUGUGAAGUACAGUAGGACUUACAGAGAAACAGUUUAACUUCAAUAAUGUCUUCCAAAUCUGUGAUUCCUGUGCUUCGUUCUUUGUUGUCUGAGUAUCGCCAAGCUAGUUCAUAUACAAAGUUGCAAGAAUCUCCUUUGGUGUCAUUCAUUCUUCAGCAGUAUAAAAAGUACAAAGUUACUGAUCAACAACUAUGUAAAGCCCAAGAAGAGAUGAAUUUCAUAGCUGAAAGCUAUUUGUGUUAUUUAAAAAGUCAACGUUGUUAUGAAGAAAAAUGGAAAAUGUAUCAUGCCAAGGGAGAACGAUCUGUGCGUGAUACAGCAGACUUAGUAGGUUUUAAACUCCCUCAUGAUCCCAAGUAGAAAUAAUUUGUAGAAUACCAAGUUCCACUUCUGAAUCAUACACAUGUAUACAUUGAUCAUCAAAUUUUGUUGUAGAUAUCAUAACAGUAUUUACUGUGAAAACUAAGUUUGAAAAUAGAGAUGUAUAUAACAAUUUAAAAUGCAUAUAAAUAAAUUGCAUUGUAAAUUUA